CGUUAUUAUAGCCGCUCGCUCAUCUAUGGUAUAGGCUUUUUGAAGUGCCCCACGAAGUAUAUUGGCUAUUCUGUUCCGUAGCGUCUGUUUACAGUUUGGCGUCGUAGAAUUGUUUAUACGCAUUCGAUAUAUUCGUAUAAAUAAAAAUGAGGCGGCUGUCCAUGAAGUCGAAGAAGGGAAAAGUUGGUGUUAAUGACGGUGAAAGCACACAUCAAGAUAUAGAAGGCGAAGAAAAUGUCACUGAGAGCGAUAAUGAAUCUGCCUCUGGUGAGGGUGCGAAAGUCGAUUUGAAACGGAAAAACAAACGGGGUAGAAAGAAAGGAAGUAAUGUGGGGGACGACGGUCAUACAGAAGCUAAAAAGAAGAAGCGAAAUGUUGGUGUAGACGAUACAGCUGAGAUUGAGAGUGAGGUUGAAUCUGCCUCUAAUGAGGAUGCAAAAGCUGAUACAAAACAGAAAAGCAAACAUGGUAGGAAAAAAGGGAAUAAUAUGGAAACAGAGGACAGUGCUACUGCAGAAAUAAAGAAGAAGCAGAAUGUUACUUUUGGUGAAUCUGAGGAUGUACAAUAUGGGAGUGAGGCUGAAUCUGCCAGUAGUGAGGAUGCAAAAGCCGAUUCAAAACAGAAAAGUAGAUAUGGUAGAAAGAAAGGGAAUAAUGCAGGAACAGAGGAUAGUGCUACAGAAACAAAAAAGAAAAAGAAAAAUGUUCCCUCUGGUGAAGAAUCUGAGAAUGUACAAUAUGAAGUGGAAAGCAUUGUCGACAUGAAGCAAAACCAUGGGAAGCGCCAGUUCAAGAUUCGCUGGAAGGGGUAUGGACCUGGUAAUGACUCAUGGGAGUAUGAGGAAGACCUGAACUGUCCAAAUAUUAUUAAGACCUUCCUAGACAAAAACAAAAAUGAGAGAACAAAUGAGAACAGACCUAAGAAACGGGCAGGGAAGGGCAGUAAUAAUAGGAUCCCCAAGAAGACUAAGACAGGGGGACAGAAGAUUGAUGAGUCAUCUGAUGGGGAGGAUGAAACUAAGGAAUACGAGGUGGACAAAGUUAUGGAGGUUCAUUUCAAGAAAAAUGGAUCACGAGACUUCUUGAUUCACUGGAAGGGCUUCUCUCAUAAGGAGGACUCUUGGGAACCUGAGAAGAAUCUGAACUGUCCAGAUCUAAUUGAGAAGUUUAUGGAAAAGGUUAACAAGGCCAAAUCAACGGAUACACGUGAAUUGAGAGAAAACCCACAACACACAGAUCGAUUCACCCUGAAUAUGACUCAGGCUGGAAGGCGCCUAAGCCGACGGAAUCAAGGGAAGCAGCGUGCAACAUACCAUGGCUACAUGUGAAAGCAGCUGGUGUGAAGAAUAAUGGAUUAUCAACACACAAAAGCAACUGAAAGUAUGGGUUUGAAAUAUGUGGCUACACUUUCACAAAAGAGGUUUUAUAUAAUACACUAAUUCAUAUUUCGGAGCAAACAGAAAGUGCAUUCUGAAUAAUAAAUAUGAGUAGAAGCACUGAACAUUGUUUUUAGAGCCAAGUUUGCUGGGUGCCCUUUAUUUGUAUUCUUCCAGCAUGGAAAUUCUUUAUUUUUACUGUGAUGUCUUGUUAAUUGCUUUAAAAUUUUAUAUUAUAAAAUAUAUUUAGUUCAGUUUGUUUAUUUUGUUAUUUAGCAGUGGUAGCUCAUGUCUUUUCUUCUGGGGCACCUCUGAAACAAAAUGUAAAAUGACUUUUCCAAAUUCUGGUACAUUUUAAUAUUGUUAAAUGCAAGUAUCAGGUUUCUAGCAUUAAUGAAACUGAUGUUACUAUUAAUAAUGUUAAAGUUGUUCUAACAUGUAAAUGCUAAGUAUUUUUUGUAAAACUGCUUCCCAUACCCACAAACUACCUCUUAAACUGGAGACUUCUUCAUUGACAGGAUAGCAUAGUGACAAGUCUGCAGCUUAAAGCACCUUCUUAGUUAAAAUUUGGGAUGUCACAAACAUUAAAUUAGAAACAUAAUCUGGGAAUGACUCACCAUGUAAUCUGAUAUUGUAUUCACACACAUGUAUGAUUAUAUAUGCUCUCAACAUAUCUAAACUACGAGUUAAUAUUUUAAGUGGGGCAUUGCCCAGAGUGGCCUAAUUGAUACUGAUAUUUGUGGGAAGUUCAACACAUUUUUGAGGUACAAAAGUACAUCACCAGGUAACUUUGUGUGUUUUUACACAAAGUUAUGUAUACACAAUUGUGUGUAUAUACAGCCAUACCCUGUUGGAGCACUACACUUUGCUGACCAUCAAGUGGCAGAAAGUUAAAACCUUUUCUUUUCACUCAGAAUAUUUCCAGUGAACUGAUGGGUUUACCCCAUGAAAGGGGUAAAUAAUUGGCUAUAUUUUGCUGGAUUACACAAGGAUAUUUUUCUUUAUAGGAGUACAUGUCAUCUAUUCCAUCACUUUACACUGCCAUUCUCCUCAUGUCAUAUGCAACUGACUGAUUGUACAGUACCCACUUGUAUCUCUGUAGUACUUAACUUCCUUACUGUGACCAGUCUGAUUGUAUUCAAGACUAAAGUGUGUUUGUGUACUGAAUGUUGGUCAAGUGUGUGGAGAACACUUUCAUAACUGAAGAUCCCGCUACACCGUCAAACAGCAAAAUGGUGGGCGAUCGAUCUGUAACUGUUCUGCCAGAUUUCUUGGAAUGUUACUUGUUACUAUAUUCAGCUUAUUCUUGGUAAUGUUUCUAUUUUAAAGUUGCUGGUGCCCCUCCCAGUAGCUUGUUCAUUUCCUGUAAAAGUGCUGUAAGUGGUUUCUUACCAAAGUAGAUUUUAUUUGUUAAUGUAUAAUUGUUGGUAUACAGUAUUUUUACAAUUGAAUAUUACAGGAAGUUGUCUACCUACAUAGCUGGUAGAAAUAAAAUUGUAUGGCGAUUAGUGGGGGUAGUGCUUUACUGGGGGAUUCCAUUUGAAAUUACAAAGAAAAUUCCUGUUUUAAGGCUUUUGUGGGCAUAGUGCAAGGAUGGCAGUAUAUAGAUGGUGCUGUAUUGGGGUUUGACUGUAUAACUGCACACACACACACACACACAUUGCUGUAAAUUGCAAUUUUUUUUAAGACGUGGGCACCCUGCAUACUUGAGUGUACUUCGUAAUAUCGAAUAUUGAAACCACAAACAAAGGUAUUCUUUUAGAGAUAUUCUGUUCUAUAUUAUAUAUUGUUAAAAUACAUAUAUAAUUUAUCUAUAUUAGGUAUUCUCUGCAAUAAAUAACAAAACAUUUCAAAAUUCAGUAUAAUACAAGUGGAAUCUUUUGUAACUGCAGUUGUUAGUUUUCAUGUUGUGGUUUAGUAUGUGGCAAUUUUAGUUGCAGUUUAUGAAAAACAGGUUUGCAGCAUUUAGUUGAAUUAAAGUAAUGGUUUUAUAUGUGUAUUGAUAAUGCCUCAAGCCCAGUUGUUUGAGUUGACAUUUUGCUUUUGAAUUAAAAUUAUUUUAUUUCUCAUCUUUUUUUAAGGAAUUACAAGACGUCGCAUUGCCACGUUUUAUGAUUGUAAGAUCAUUUUUGUGCUAAAGUUUGUCCCAUUUAUUAUUUUGCAUUGUAUUGACAUUACAAUAAUACCCUUCUUUAUUGGCCAGGAAGGUAUCCUCUCAAUUUUAUUUUCAGUUAAAGAGAAAAGGGACAGGAGGAUAUUUCUGGAAAUAUAUGCACUAUAACUGGAUAUUAGUUGAUUAUGUUUGUUCUCUGUGCAUACAAAUUUUCUAGAAGAGAUGUAGGUCCUUUGUAUUAUAGAUAGAUUUAAGAAUGUAAACAGAAUCUGUGUUGUAAGUCAUGUAGGUGUCAUGUGCGAAAAGUGACUUUCUUUAUACAUGCGCACAUAGACUUAUGAUAUUUAAAGUACAAAUAACGGCUCUGUUCACACUUGUGUUUGUACAUUUUUAUUUUACUACAAUGUAAGAUAAAUAUUUCAUAAAAAGUUGUGUGAAAUUGAAAACAGUCCUUACCAA